ACCAUCAGAUUCCUCGUACUUGUAAGAAUAAUGUAUUUCCCAGCUUCCGCAAACGCCGGAAACACACCACCAAAAUGCAACAAACCGACUCUUUCGUCCCUUCCACUGCCAGAUGAUAUCUCAGUGAUUUGCUUAGCGUACGUUCCAAGAUGUGACCACCCUUCACUCUCUGAAGUCUGCAAGACUUUCAACCAAAUCAUCGCUGCUUCCUCGGAGCUUAACCGCGUACGUUCACUCCAUAAAAGCACCGAGAACGUUCUUUACCUUGCCUUGAGAUUCAGUCGCGACCAAAAACCUAUUUGGUACACUCUCAAUCAAAAACCCUCCAAAGAAGAGUCUAACUCUUUGAACCAUAAGUUGGUUCCGUAUCCUUCUUUCCCUUGUCUGCCUUGUUGGGGGUCUAAUGUUAUUGUCAUCGGUCAAGAGAUGUACGUUCUCGGUGGAUGCAUCGACGGUGAGUUAACCACUAACGCUUUUGCUAUUGAUUGUAUAACUCGCACGUGUCGGUCUCUUCCUAGCAUGCGUGUUGCUCGUGGCUGCGCUGCUUUUGGUGUUGUGGAUGAGAAGAUUUAUGUCCUCGGAGGAUGUAACAAGAAGAAGUCGUCGAAAGAUUGGCUUGAGGUUUUCGACCUCAAGAAUCAAACUUGGGAAAGCUUUCCAGGUGUGUGCAACAAAAAUUUGCACGAGAUAACGCUCAAUAGUUUUGUGAUGAACGAGAAAAUUUACAUAAUGGAUCGUGAAAGAAGUUUUGUGUAUGAUCCGAAGAAAAAUAAAUGGGAGAGGCAAAGCUCGUUGAACAGUGAAUGGGUAGUUGGUUCGUGCGUUAUUGACUACAUGUUGUACACUUUCGGAUUUGAGAAAGGAAUUAGCGUGUACGAUCCGAAAGCUAGGACAUGGAGAAUACUGAAAGGUGUUGGUGAGGAUCUACCUGACAUGCGUGGUAUUCAAGGAGGGUCUAGAAUGGCGAACCAUGGAGGGAAACUAGUGAUUUUGUUUAAGCGUAAUGAAAGGGGGGAAACGAAGAUCUGGUGUACAGAGAUUGCGUUGGAGAGGCGAGGACAAGGAGAGCAUUGGGGGAAGGUUUUGUGGUCUAAUAUUGUAGCUAGUUUUAAAAACUCCCCCACCAUUGUUCAGUGUCUAGAUGUCAUCAUAUGAUUUAAUCAUGUAUGCUUUCCUAGUUGAGUAUGCUCGACUUUGUGUUUUAUCUCAUACCCUUUCUCUAAUGAA